AUGACGGAGAUUGACCUGUCCUACGGAGACCUCGACACUAAAACACUUGCAUCUGUGGUGACAGAUCAUGCCAGCGUCGUUUCUCUGGAUCUAUCGGGGAACCAAAUCCCGGCGGAGGCGUUGAUUGAGAUUGUCGAUACACAUAUUUGUCGGAUGGUAAACCUGGAAACACUGGAUCUGAAGGCUAACAAGAUAGGCCCACGUGGCGCGGAACACCUUUGUAAGGCCCUCAUACAGCACUGUCCCAAACUGCGGUAUCUGGACUUGAAUGAGAACGGUAUCUUGAACGAAGCACUUUUCCAUUUGGCUUAUCUACUCCAGGGGAACCGUAUUGAGUCCCUGCUAUUGGUGUCGAACCAUUUGACGCCGCGAGGCAUUCCGACACUCUGCGACGGCCUUCUUUUGAACAGACACAUUCGGGAAUUGGUGCUGGCAUUCAACGUCCUGGGUGACACGGGCGCUUCCACCAUAGCAAAGGCCUUGGCGGAUCACCCGUCGCUGCAGUUGCUGGACAUCAGCGAUAACCGCAUCAGCGAUUUGGGGGCAGUGGACAUAGCGGAACACCUCAUUCUCUCGCCGCUAUCGCACCUGGAUUCCCUCAACCUCUCUGUUAAUUCCAUCGGCGACGUUGGUUUCACCGCCAUAGCCGAGGCGGUGGCGCGAACGCGAAACAGGCGACUGAGGCAUCUGGAUCUUGGCUGUAACGCGGAGGUCGGUCCGAUGGGCCGAAGAGCGUUGAUUGCACACGUGGCCUCCAUGAGACAUCUGAAAUCGUUAGGCUUAUGCUCGUGUAACCUCUCCGACGAGGAUGCGCUGAGCCUUACGGUGGCAGUGUUGUGUGACGGCUGUGGGAUUACAUCUAUUGAAGGGUUCAACAACCCCGAGAUGCUGCCAAAGACUGAGAGGGCGUUAGAUGAGGCUUUAAAACUAAAGAGGAUUAAACGACUAAGCGAUAAAAAACGCGAGUGCCAAUAUAGUCUCGUCGCCAGCAUCGUGCUUGGAGCCGCUGUGGUGGUUGGCAUCAGAGUGGCGCUUCGUCACUGGUGGCGUUAA